AUGCCUCCGAAGACCCGUGUCAGACGAGUUGGGGCUGGGACCCGGGGUGGUCGAGGCCGUGGUCGUGGCCGAGUACCUCAAGCUCAAAAUCAGUUUGCUAGGGAUCUCGUCGCAGCACUUACAGCUGCAAAUCUUCUAAACCAAGCACCUAGGGAGAAUGUUGAGGAUCGAGCUAUCGUGGCGAUGCGAGAGUUUAGCCGUAGAAACCCUCCAGUGUUCGAUGGGACUAGUAGCGACCCUUUGGUGGCGGACCAUUGGCUAGCUCAGAUUCGUAAGCUUUUCAGAGCUCUUAAUAUCACCGAAGAUAACAUUAGGGUAGGUAUCGUGGUGGUGCAACUAGUUGGGGAGGCCGGUGAAUGGUGGGAAUCCGUCCUUGAAAGCAGGAAAGAUGCAAGGAGAGCGGCAAGGACCGCGGCUCAAGUAGAUGAGCCAGACAUUGAGAAUUUGACAUGGGCUGAAUUUGAGGCGUUAUUUGAGGAGCAGUAUUUUCCAGAAACUAGCCAGUUGGUGGCGACGAAAGAGAGGAAAUGUAGACGCUUUGAGAAAGGACUGCACAACACCGUAAGGAGGAUGGUAAUGGUACAACGCAAGACAAAAUACGCCGAGGUAGUUGAGUGUGCGAGGAGCAUUGAGAUACCGAAAGAGGCGCAACGUAAUAGAGGGGUUUGGGAACCACGACAACCAACCGUGAACACGAGUUCUUCAUCGGGGAGCUUUGGAAGCCAAGGGAGGAAAAGGGCAAGGGAACCAUCUCAGAUACCGCAGGGUAGUUCGUCGAACUUUAGGCCGUCACCUUCUUCUUUGGGGAUCCGGGGUGCUUUGUCUAGACCUUCAACCGUGUGCUAUAAGUGUAAUCAACCUGGACACGUUCGUGCUCAGUGUCCACGCCUCGGGGAAACUUGUUAUAUUUGUGGUAAAACGGAUCAUUUCGCAAGGAGUUGUCCUCAAGGGUCGGGAGCGCGCAGUGAGUCAGGUUCUGUGCAGCAGCCGGGAACGGGGCGUAAUGUGGGCCAGCCGUUUAGGGGUACUCAGAGGCAGCAGCAGCCUUACUUUCGUCAGACUACGUCAGCUCAGAGUUCCGGGGUUGAUAAGGGAGCGAGUUCUUCCGCGCCUGCUCAGGGUUCUGGUUAG